AUGAUAAUGUUUCAGUACAAUUUUUACUUAUUACAAUAUUGCAUAAUAAUUUUACUAAGUUAUACUUCAAAUGAAAUUGAUGCUAAACAACAUAAACGUAUGUACCAACCUCUCUCGUUGGAACUAAUCAAUUACAUCAAUUAUGAGGCCAAUACGACUUGGAAAGCUGCUCCCACUACAAGAUUUAGGACAGUAUCUGAUAUUCGUAGAAUGUUAGGUGCACUUCCAGAUCCAAAUAAUGAACAACUAGAAACUUUAUGUGCUGGUUACACAUCAGAUGAAUUACCCAAGAGCUUUGAUGCGAGGGUAGAAUGGCCACAUUGUCCUUCUAUCUCUGAAAUACGUGAUCAGUCAUCUUGUGGUUCUUGUUGGGCAUUUGGCGCAGUUGAAGCUAUGUCUGAUCGCAUUUGUAUAAAAUCAAAAGGGAAGCAUAAGCCAUUUUUAAGCGCAGAAAAUUUAGUAUCUUGUUGUUCAUCAUGUGGAAUGGGUUGUAAUGGUGGUUUCCCACAUUCAGCAUGGUUAUAUUGGAAAAACCAAGGUAUAGUAACAGGUGAUUUAUAUAAUACAACAAACGGUUGUCAGCCCUAUGAAUUUCCACCAUGUGAACACCAUGUGGUCGGUCCAUUACCUUCAUGUGGUGGUGAUGUUGAAACACCUCCAUGUAAAACAACUUGUCAACCAGGAUAUAAUAUAUCAUAUGAGAAAGAUAAAUGGUAUGGUGAAAAAGUCUAUCGUGUUCAUUCAAAUCCAGAAGCUAUCAUGCGAGAGCUAAUGCAAAAUGGACCAGUUGAGGUAGAUUUUGAAGUGUAUGCCGAUUUCCCAAAUUACAAAUCAGGUGUUUAUCAACACGUUAGUGGAGCCCUACUUGGCGGACAUGCAGUGCGUUUACUUGGCUGGGGUGAAGAGAAUAAUGUACCCUACUGGUUAAUUGCUAAUUCAUGGAAUAGUGAUUGGGGGGAUAAUGGUUAUUUUAAAAUAGUUCGUGGUAAAAAUGAAUGUGGGAUUGAAAAUGAUGUCAAUGCUGGAAUACCGAAAAUAAAAUACUAG